AUGGACGUGUUGCAGGAUUCACAGGACCCAAAUCCUUUGAUUCGUGCUUUGGCUGUGAGGACCAUGGGCUGCAUUCGAGUUGAUAAAAUUACUGAGUAUUUAUGUGAUCCAUUGCAGCGGUGUCUCAAGGACGAUGACCCAUACGUUCGCAAGACAGCUGCUAUAUGUGUCUCUAAACUCUAUGACAUAAAUGCAGAGCUAGUUGAAGAUAGAGGUUUUCUGGAAGCUCUCAAGGAUUUGAUAUCUGAUAACAAUCCAAUGGUUGUUGCAAACGCAGUUGCAGCACUUGCGGAGAUUCAAGAGAACAGUAGCAGACCCAUCUUUGAGAUUACUAGCCACACACUUACUAAGCUUCUUACCGCUCUAAAUGAAUGCACUGAGUGGGGUCAAGUGUUUAUAUUGGAUGCCCUUUCCAAGUACAAAACAGCUGAUGCCCGUGAAGCUGAAAAUAUAGUAGAGCGAGUCACUCCGAGGCUGCAGCAUGCAAAUUCUGCAGUUGUUCUUUCUGCUGUCAAGUUGAUCCUUCUACAAAUGGAACUAAUCACAAGCACUGAUGUAGUUCGGAAUCUAUGCAAGAAAAUGGCCCCUCCGCUUGUGACAUUGCUUUCUGCAGAACCCGAGAUUCAGUAUGUUGCAUUGCGAAAUAUAAACCUAAUUGUACAAAAACGGCCCAGUAUCCUUGCCCAUGAAGUUAAGGUGUUUUUCUGCAAGUACAACGAUCCAAUUUAUGUGAAGAUGGAAAAGUUAGAAAUCAUGAUAAAGCUUGCUUCUGACCGGAAUAUAGAUCAAGUCCUGUUGGAGUUCAAAGAGUAUGCUACGGAAGUAGAUGUAGAUUUCGUCAGAAAAUCUGUUCGGGCCAUUGGACGAUGUGCCAUCAAGUUAGAGCGGGCAGCCGAACGGUGUAUUAGUGUUUUGCUUGAAUUGAUCAAGAUCAAAGUAAACUAUGUUGUUCAGGAAGCUAUUAUAGUGAUUAAAGAUAUAUUUAGGAGAUAUCCCAACACCUACGAGUCCAUCAUUGCUACACUUUGUGAGAGCUUAGACACCUUAGAUGAGCCAGAGGCAAAGGCAUCAAUGAUCUGGAUCAUUGGUGAAUAUGCUGAAAGAAUUGACAAUGCUGAUGAGCUCCUGGAAAGCUUUCUGGAGACUUUUCCUGAGGAACCUCCAGAAGUCCAAUUGCAGCUGCUGACAGCUACAGUCAAACUUUUCCUUAAGAAGCCAACUGAAGGCCCACAGCAGAUGAUUCAGGUUGUUUUGAACAAUGCAACUGUGGAGACUGACAACCCAGAUUUACGAGACCGUGCUUACAUAUACUGGCGUCUCCUCUCAACUGAUCCUGAGGCAGCAAAGGAUGUUGUUUUAGCAGAAAAGCCUCUCAUUGGUGACGAUUCAAAUCAAUUCGAUCCUUCUCUCUUGGAUGAGCUUCUUGCCAAUGUUGCUACAUUGUCCUCUGUCUUUCACAAACCUGCUGAUGCAUUCGUAACACGUGUAAAGACAGUGCAGAGAGUUGAAGAAGAUGAUUAUCCUGAUGGAACUGAAGAAGGGUAUUCUGAAUCACCUGCCCAUGCAUCUGAUACUGCUGCAUCACCUCCAACUACCAGAAGGCAACCAGCCACUGCCCCCGCAGCUCCUCCACCCAUGCCAGAUUUGCUUGACCUGAUGGGCAUGGAUAAUGACAGCAAUGCUAUUGUAUCUGUUGAUCAGCCUGAAUCCCCGUCUGGACCUCCUUUGCCAGUUCUAGUACCAGCAUCUUCUGGUCAAGGUUUACAAAUCAGUGCACUGCUGAUGCGAAAAGAUGGCCAGAUAUUUUACAGCAUGUUAUUUAAAAACAACUCUCAGACUCCCCUUGACGGUUUCAUGAUUCAGUUUAACAAGAACACGUUUGGUCUCGCUGCAGGUGGACCACUGCAGAUUUCCACAUUGCAACCUGGGGCAUCUUUCAGCACUCUUCUGCCCAUGGUUUUGUUCAAGAAUGUUUCUCCUGGUCCGCCGAGCACGCUUCUGCAAGUUGCUGUGAAAAAUAAUCAGCAACCUGUAUUGUACUUCAAGGAUAAAAUGUCGUUGCUGGUAUUCUUUACUGAGGACGGAAGGAUGGAGCGUUCCACUUUUCUUGAGAUGUGGAAAUCAUUACCUGAUACCAACGAGGUUACUAAAGACUUCCCAUCAGUUGUCGUAAAUAGCAUAGAAGCAACUUUAGAUCGGUUGGCAGCAUCGAAUAUGUUCUUUGUCGCCAAACGCAAGAAUGCAAAUCAAAACGUGCUGUACGUUUCGGAAUCGGAAGGGAGAAAAGAAACACAGGUGUUUUAUCUCUCUAAAACAGUGCUAAUUCCAUUGUCCGUACACUUAUAUCAACAGGGAUUUUAUCUGGAGGUUGGAUUUUCUGCUUGUAGUAAUAUUGUGGCAAUAUAUGCCCUUCAGUAA